AUGGCCGAGGGAGAAAGUGUGGCAAAAUUCGCUAGUAGAAUCGAAGAGUUAUAUUAUAAACUCUGCGUGGCAAGUACGAUAGGUCUAAUUCAGGCCGAGGCAGAUAUAGUGAAAAAACAAACAAAGAAACAGGCGUUGAUCAUAUUUAUGACAGGGUUACCUCAUCACCUAUAUACAGUACUGAAAAGUCGAAAUCCCAGUACAUUGGAACAAUGUUUCAAAACGGCGAUCGAUGAGAUGCUCGAAUAUGAGUCAAAAGUAGAAAUGGACAAAUUGCAGAGACAAAUUGGUAAUGGAAAACAGGCAGACGUUAAUAACGAGGAAAAACGACAAAAUGGUGGUAAUACAAAUAACGCAGUUAAUCGCGGAGGAAACAGUAAUUCAAAUCAAAGCAAUAGAAAUAAUAAUUUCAACGGGCAUAACAACAGAUAUGUUAACCACAACAACCGCAAUAAUUAUGGGAAUAAUAAUCAGAGCGGAUAUGGCUCACACAUGGUUAAUCGCGGCGGUUAUCGAGGCGGAAACGGCUAUGGACGGAAUUUCAAUACCAAUAAUGUACAACAAAAUAAUAUUAACCGAGGCACCGGAUGUUACACUUGUGGUAGAUCUAACCACAUAGCACGAGAUUGCUGGAGCAAUCGACCUAAUGCGCAACAAACUACGUAUAACAAUAAUCGUGUAAACGGCACGCGCCAUGCGAACAACAACAAUAAUGUUCGUAGGGACAAUAACAAUACUCAGGGUGUACUUUGCAGUUACUGCAAUAAGAUAGGUCAUGAAAUUUCAAACUGUUAUACAAAACAGAAAAACGAAAGAAGCACGUCGGGAAACGCCAACGGACCAUCACCAGUGGGAGUCAGAUUGGUCCAAGAAAGAGUUCAAGACCCACACACAGGAUUUUCCACAUCACAGCAAAAUUAA